AUGAACUCCCGCGAACAGUCCGAUAUGCCUCCGGCGCCCUCUUACCCUUCCCCCAACGGCGCGCAGAUGGCCCAGGGUGCCAUGCCGUACUACAGCGGCCGCCAGCUUACCACCGACGAACUCCUCUCCGCAGAACUGUCGCGCGAAACCUCUGGUCCAGGCCUUGGUGAUGGGUCCAGCAAUGGUGUCCACCAUGGCCAGUCGAUGGUCAUGGGUUCAGGAAAUGGUGGCGAUAUGGGCCGUUCAUCAGAGGAUCAACACCAACACCAACACAUGCUCCAGUUCCCUCCCAGCCAGCAGGUGGGCGUUGAUCCGAACCAUGAUCUUAGCUACGGUGAACAAAGCGCGCGUAAACGUUCGAAAAUUUCAAGGGCUUGCGACGAGUGCCGGCGCAAGAAGGUGCGAUGCGAUGCAAGUGCGGAAACUGGUAUUGAAACAUGCUCAAAUUGCCGCCGCCUCGGUGCUGUCUGCCAGUUUAGUCGCGUGCCUAUGAAGCGCGGUCCCAGCAAAGGUUAUAUCAAGGAACUUGCUGAACGUCUUCACACCCUCGAAAGUCAGAUGCAACCUGGCAUCGGCGUCCAACCCGAUGUGCCGUACCAGUCAAUGAACGAGGUCAAUCUGCCCAGAGGCUAUCAAGAUUUCGCAUCGCCUGUCGAUACUGGCUCCGCCAAUCGCAAACGAACAUACUCAGUCUUUGAGGGCCUUCCAAGCUCUUCAUUCGCCCAGCCAAAUUUCAAUGCCCGCGCCUCGCAGAACGCUUUUGAUGCACCAGAAGCCACGGCUGAUCCCUACAACCCGACAGUUGCUAGUGGUGGUGCGCCGAAGCCUGGUAACCUGUUCUGGAAUACUGGUAAUGAGCAGGAUUUGCCAAGUGGUCUUGAGAUGACAGAUAUGCCCAGACAUGAGGGCGAAGAUGACAUGACACCCGUCAACCUCGAUGAGGGAGCUCUUGAUGCCUACUACCAGAAAGUUCACACUCUCAUGCCCAUCCUCCCCCACACUAGGGAGCGAACCCUGGAGCUUCUUCAUCAAUGUAAUCGCGAAGUACAAGAAACCUUUUGUUAUGCGCUCUACACAGUCACUCGCACUGAUUUGUCCCGCGUUUCGGGAAACUUUGAAAAAGUCACCUCGUUCGACAACGCUCAGGAUCUUGUCCUGUACUACACUAAGCAGCCUUUGAUCGUCAACUCCACAGCUGUCAACUUGAUCUGGCUGCAGACACUGCUCUUGAUGAUCAUUGAUGCCGACACUCGCGGCCCGGACAACUUUGUCCUCAAAGAUGGCAUUCCGAAACAUACCUUAGUUCAGGCCGCCAGCAAGCUGGGCUACGACCUGGCUAAGAACCAAGGCCAAUUGAAGAAUAAGCGAGCCACGGACCCUGAUGUUGACUCGGAUGCCAACCUCACUCGACGCAACUGGGUGUCGUUGAUUAUCUUGAGCAGGUGGUACGCCAUCAGUGUUGCUGAUGGCACGGUAUCUACCGGACAGGAGAUCGGUGGUCGCGAGGAUGAGCGGGUUGUCGGCCAGAUUACCACUGGCAUCGCUUCGUACACGACAUUCCUCUCUGAGAUGGUUACCCUGGCCACUGUCGAGCACAACGUCUGCCAGACCAACAGUGGACUAGGCCGAAUGGUUGGAGCAAAUCUGGUUGCAUCUCUUGAGCGCCUGGGAGAGAUGGAAGACGUGUUCAAGGUCCACGAGUUGCCUGAGAACACGAACACUCGUUCGCUUUUCGAGAGCCUCCAGGCCCAACUCUACUGGACCGUCCGCUUGCUCAUCAAGCGCCACGUUUUCGUCUACAGUCCGUACGAGAUCAUCUACUGCGCCCAGGAAGUUAUCAACGAAAUGCAGAAGGCCGCCUUACAGAACCGCCCCGCCACUCCGUUCGACCUGCACAGCUUAGCAUUGGCCUCAAUGACUCUUCUUGAAGCCACUGUUCUUCCCGAACACGCAAACGACUGCUGGACCUCCCUCGAGAAGGUUGAAGAAAUCCUCGACCACCGCGCAAAGCCUGCUCUCGAGUCCGUCGAGUUUGGCAACAUCUUCGGUACCCCAGGCUGGGACGCGAAGAUCCGUGUCUUCCUCGAAUGGCGCCGCGUCAAAUCCCAGGAAAGCCAGCUACACGAGUCUGUCGGGGGCAAGCCUGGCUCCUCUCAGCCUCCAUUAAUGGGCCCCAACGAGCAACGCUCUCUUCAGCACCUUGCCGAUCUCGCUGUUGGCGCCGAAGGCUCUGUCAGCCAGAAUGCCUCGUCUACUCCACCGCCUGGUCUGUCUGGUGAUCAGGGCGAAACCUCGCCCAAUCUCGCACCGCAACUGGCGCAGUCUCAGGGCGGAGCUGGUCGCGUUGUUGUUGACUUCACGAUGCUCACGAAGGAAGGAUAUCUGAAUGUAUUCUCGGGCCUGAUCUACCGGCGCCGCUAG